AUGCUCCUCCAAACCCUAAUUACAACUCUCCUUCCAGCCGUGGCCCUAGCCAUUCCCGCCUCGCAAACCACCUCCAACGACGGAGAAGAUGCCUACGGAAUCCCCUCGUCUGUCAUCGCGACCAUAUUCAACGACCCAUCCUCCAUUGAUGCCGCUUACUUCGAAGCUAGCCUAACAACUUGGCUCUCCUAUGUUGCUAACCACCCUGCAUUUGCAUCCUCCGUCCUCGCCGAGGAAGAAGCAGGCAUCAAACCAUCCUGGUACAGCAAUGAGCCCGAGAGUGUGAAGGAAUACUUCUCCACCCGCGACGAAGCCAUUGAGUCCUACUACGCUAAGGCGUCUUCCUCUUAUUGCGCCACCGCUUCGGUUUUGACUACCGAUAUCUCCGGCACUGUUGUUCCACUCUGUACCGCUGGUAGUGAAGCUGAUAGUACCUCGGGAUCAAGCAUUACCUCUAACUCUGCUUCUGCCUCGGGCUCCCAACUCGGUUCGACUUCCACUGGAGGCGUUCCUGCUGCUGCUACGGGUCUUGCCAUGGGCCUUGCUGGUACCAUGGCAAUUCUGGGUCUUGCUGUCGCCCUGUAA